GAUAAAUUAUACUGUUAAUAUAUAAAUUACACAUUGUUUUACACAAAAUAUAUGUAAUUAUAUCCUGUGCAGCUAUAUCCUUUUCUACUGAUCGUUAUACUUUCAACGUUGCAUUACGCACUAUAGAAAUAGCGGCGAUGCGUAUAUCCGUGCAACUAUGUUAGAACUCCUAUAUCGUUUACGCAUUUUCACUCGUCAUCGACAUGAUUCUCAGACAUGCAAUGACUGAGGAAAGAGGGACAGCCCCUCGUGCACGCAUGUCUUCCCCUCACUUUGUUACAUAUGACAGAUACGGUACGCACCUGCACGCGAUCACGGAAUCAUUAUUCCCCCCGCGCUUGCGUCGCCACGCGGACAUCGAGACACUACCGUGUGAGUACUUCAGUCGAUCUUGCAUCCUUCAAGCAACAGCAUGUACGAUCGAUCCCGACUCCCCGACAAAAUAUACAACAUACACUACAAACAAGAUAUACAUUAUGCCAUGCAACUGUGCCGGUGGAUUCUAAAACCGAUUGGUAUCUGGCAUUUGACUUACGAUCGCUCGUCGCGACGCGACAAGCUCCUUUCAUUUGUGCUGAUCUUCGUGUGCUUCUCCGGUCUGUGCUUCGUGCUUGUACCUGCCGGUCCAUACAUUCUAUUCCGCGAGAAAGACGUCAAUAUUAAAGUCAAGCUAUUCGGACCGGUCGGUUUCUGCCUAACCGCCGCGAUCAAGUAUUGCUUCCUCGGAGCGCGUGUCUCGGCGAUCGGAAGAUGUGUCAAACAUCUCGAAAGCGAUUGGCGGGCCGUACAGCAUCAGGAUCAUCGCAGAAUGAUGCUGAGGAAUUCCCUGGUAGGUCGCAGACUAACGACGUUAUGCGUGAUCUUUCUUUACACCGGCGGCAUGUCCUAUCACGCAAUCAUGCCGUUGUCGUCUAGAACGAGGACGAACGGCAGCUUCACGAGUAGACCCCUGGUUUAUCCAGGAUACGAUCUCUAUGUCGACUCUCAGGCAAGUCCGGCUUACGAGACCAUCUUUUGCAUGCAUUGCCUGUCCGCAAUAAUACAAUAUAGCUGUACGACGGCAGCGUGCAGUUUAGCUGCGAGUUUCGCGACGCACGCGUGCGGACAGGUACAGAUAUUGAUGACACUUUUGGACGAUUUAGUCGAUGGAGAAAGGACUAAAGGCACUGUCGAGAAACGUCUAAGCUUGAUAGUGAGGCAUCACGUGCGUGUGCUGAGAUUUACGGCCGACGUGGAGGAAGUAUUACGAGAAAUAUGCUUGAUGGAACUUGUGGCCGCCACCUUGAUUAUAUGCUUGCUCGAAUAUUAUUGCAUGAUGGAAUGGGCGAAUAGCGACGCUGUGGCAAUUCUCACGUAUUUCAUUUUAUUGAUAUCUUUAACGUUCAACAUCCUGAUAUUCUGCUAUAUCGGCGAACUUCUCGUAGAAGAGUAUAGCAAAAUUGGUUCAGCCGCGUAUGAAAUUAAUUGGUACGAUUUACCUGGUCACAGGGCAGUUGAUCUUGUUAUGAUUAUCACGAUGUCUCAUUACCCACCAAAGCUUACCGCUGGCAAAUUUGUCGAAUUGUCCCUCAAUACUUUCAGCGCAGUGAGUUUCAUAAAUAACUAUUGUUAUUGCUCAAUUUCUACACUUGUACCCCUCUUCUAUUCAUUUCUCGUGAUUUAAUUGUUAUUCUUACAUUACUAAUU